AUGCCUCUUCGACCUGCUUCACUUCCCUGCAUUGAUAUCAGUGGGGUGGGCCAGAAACCAUCCAGCGAGUUUCGAAGCCCAGAGGACAACCUGCGGCUAUGGCAGUUUCUCACCGUGUCCUGGAUGGCACCUCUAAUGGCCGUGGGCAAAAUGCGGCAAUUAGACGAGGGCGAUGUCUGGUUUCUCGGUUUUGAGUUUCAGCACAAGAGGCUCCACGAGAAGUUCCGACAGCUCCGGGGUAGUGUCAUUGGCCGUCUUCUCAAGGCCAAUGGCAUCGAUAUCCUGAUUAUCAGCACGAUAUCUAUCGUGCAAAUGAUGUGUGAAUUCUCGACACCUCUGCUCCUCCAGCAACUUUUACAGGCAAUGAAAGCUGAGAACCGGUCUAACCGCGUUGCACUAGUUUAUGCCCUGUUGUCACUUGCGCUUAGGCUAGUAGCUGCACAGUCGCAGGUGUUCAAUUUAUGGUACGGUCGAAGAUGCUACGAACGUAGCCGUGGCGAAAUGAUGAUGAUGGUAUACGAAAAGGCGCUUGUUAGGAAAAACUUGUUCGAGCAAGGCCCUGAUAACAAGUCGGAGGAAGAUAAACAACAAGAGGAAGAGCAACCCGAGGCUUCGAAGAAGUCCUGGAUAUGGGGCUUAUUGACUUCCUGGCGAGCUCCUCGUAAAGAGAAAUCUAAAGCACCCGUGUCAAUGGGUAAGAUCUUCAACUUGCUUCGUGGCGAUGUUUACGAAGUCGCUCAACGGUUCUGGGAAGUUGACUCCUUGAUCAACAAGCCAUUGGGAUUGGUGAUAGCGGUGGUUCUUGUCUGGAAAGUGCUUGGGCCUUCCUGCUUUCUUGGAGUCUUGGUGGUUCUGGUUGCGCAAUCAAUCAACGCACUUAUCACACGCAAUCUUCUACGUUGGGAGCGGGUGCGAAGAGUAGCAACUGAUGCCAGGCUUCAAGUCUCAUCUCAGUUCGUGGAGGCACUCCGGCACCUGCGCUGGUACGGCUGGCAGAACCACUGGCUUAGGCAAGUCAUGGAAGCUCGAGAUUCCGAGUUGAGAUUACGCAUAGUUACAAGGCUAUGGGGCUUGGCUAUAGCCUUUGUCAAUGUCCUUGCCAGCGGCCUGUUUCCCGUUGUGGCUCUUUAUGCUUAUACUCUGUUGGCUGGUCAUCCCCUGAGUAUCGACAUUAUUUUUCCCGCACUACAGCUUUUCACUAUGCUGGAGGCUCGACUAAGAGAGAUACCUACGUUGAUAACAGUUUUGAUCAACGCUUCUAUAGCCAUGGAGCGAAUAGAGGACUUCAUGACCGAGCCGGACAAAGAAAGCAGGGCCAUCACAUCGCCUGAAGACGCUGCUCCACUGCGACUACAGUCUUGCUCUUUUGUCUGGCCCGGCAAAACGACCCCCGUUCUUUCAGAUGUCCACUUGAGCAUAUCCCCAGGCCUCACUGUUGUCUACGGUAAGGUUGGAGCUGGAAAGACAGCUCUCCUCCAGGGGCUCUUGGGAGAGCUAGACAAGACUCAAGGAACCUCCUACAUCUCUAGUGAGAUGAUGGGUUACUGUGCGCAGACGCCAUGGCUACAGAGUAUGAGUAUCCGGGACAACAUUCUGUUCUCCUCCCCGUACGAUGAGCAGCGGUACAAACGAGUCUUAGAUGCCUGCGCACUGCUCCCUGAUCUAUCGAAUUUCAAGCAUGGUGACCUCUCAUUCGUGGGAGAGAACGGAAUCGGCCUGUCAGGAGGACAGAAGGCUCGCGUUGCUCUCGCGAGAGCCGUCUAUAGCACGGCUAGGAUAUUGCUGCUUGAUGACCCUUUGUCAGCCUUGGAUCACAAUACGGCGGAGACGAUCGUCCGCAAAUGUCUGACUGGCCCUCUCAUGGAAGGUCGAGUUAUUGUUCUUGUCACACACCGCAUCCACCUCGUUCGCCACCUUGCUGAUCAAGUUGUGCACAUUCAUGAUGGUCGAGCAACGGUAGAGUCAUCAGUGUCCCUGGAAGAUGCUGCGGAUGAAACAGAUGAUAGCCAGAAACGCUCAAAGGACACAGAUGCAAGCGAUGAGACGGAGCUUGAAGACCACUCGGCGGCCGUGCCAUCUAAGUUCAUUGAAGAAGAGCACCGAGCUGAAUGGGGCGUAAAGGCCGCGGUUUACUGGAACUACAUCAAAGCUGGAAAGUACAGAUGGUGGUGGGCACUAAUUAUUGUCAUCUCGGUCUACCGCUUGACGGCGAUCGCACAGUCCUGGUUUCUCAAAGAAUGGGGAGAAGCGUACAACGAAGCCACCAACGUGUUUGGGCACUCUGUCUCGGAAAAGGCUGCCUUUGGACAGUGGACAACGUUCUCAGCAUUACCAAGACCCCUGAUGUGGACACCACAAAACCCGCUUGACAAAUUUCCUGCACCCAUUGACAAUGUGCGGCCGUGGUUACUGGUCUUCCUCGGGAUCACGAUUUUUACGGCUGUCACGAUGCUAUUUGCUCAGCUCGUUAUGCUUAUCAUUGUCUACUGCGCGGGCCAGAAGCUCUUCCAGGAGGUUAUGGUGAGAGUCAGUCAUGCCACUUUCCGAUUCUUCGACGUGACUCCUGUUGGACGGUUGAUGAACCGACUGACAUCAGAUAUCGGAGUGGUAGAUGGCGAUAUCAGCCAGCAGUUCCAGCUCAUCGCGUUCCUCAUAAUCACCUGGAUAUCCUCCGUCCUUGUCAUUGCCUCGGUCACACCAAUAUUCCUCGCCUUCACAGUUUUCCUCACAGGAGCGUUUGUGUACACAUUUCUGCAAUUUCUCCCAACCUCACAAAGCCUGCGACGCCUUGAGAUGGUAUCUCUCAGCCCCCUGAUAUCCAACUUCGGCGAGCUGCUCCACGGCCUAACCACAGUUCGCGCAUUCCAUGCCGAGCCUCGUUUCCAGGACAGAGUGAUAGCAGUCGUCGACAAGUUCCAAGGGAUGGACCACUUCUACUGGUCCCUUCAGAGCUGGCUCUCCUACCGCUUCGAGAGCUUGUCCGCCCUCUCCACCUUUGCGCUGACAGCCCUAGCCCUCUACACCGACGUAACUCCCGGCCUCGCGGCCUUCGCCCUCGUCUCAGCAAACAGCUUCAUAAACGCUACACACGGGCUCUGCAGACAGUACGGUCAGCUCCAGAUGGACUUCGUCUCAGUCGAACGCAUCGACGAGCUCCUCCACGUCGAGCAAGAACCAACAGGAACAAUAACCCCACCAGCCUCAUGGCCGAAGUUCGGCGCCGACAUCGUCUUCGAAAAUGUCGAGAUUCGCUACGCGCCUCAUCUAGACCCAUCCCUAAAGAACAUUAACCUCCGUAUCCCAGGAGGCUCAACAACAGCCCUCAUCGGCCGCACUGGAAGCGGGAAGUCAACCCUCGCCGUCUCCCUCCUUGCCGCCGUCACACCAUCCCCAAGCUCGGGAUCGGGCCGCAUCCUCAUCGACGGCAUCGACAUCGCACAAAUCGACAAACAAGCCCUCCGCACCCGCGUCACCUUCGUCGCGCAAGACCCCGUCCUCUUCGCGGGCAGCAUCCGCAAGAACCUUGAUCCUGUCUCUGACUAUACGGACACCGAGUGCGAGUCCGUGCUUAACAGGAUCUGCAAUGGCAGCGGCAGCGAUAGCGACAAUAAGCGCAACUGGACUCUAAGCACACACAUCGAUGCCGGCGGGCGCAACCUCAGCCAGGGCGAGCGGCAGCUGAUUGGUCUGGCGAGGGCUGUUCUGCGCCGCAGCUCGAUUGUGAUACUGGAUGAGGCGACGGCGUCGAUUGAUCAUGAGAGCUCACUGGAGAUCCAGCAGGUGCUGCGGGAGGAGAUGAGAGAGUCGACAGUUGUGACGAUAGCGCAUCGGCUUGAGGCCAUUAAGGAUGCGGAUUAUUUUGUGGAGUUGGAGGCGGGUGCGGUUAAGAGGGCUGGGUUUGUUAGGGAUAUGUAG